AUGUCAGCUACUAUUCCUGUUGUAACUACGACGGUUGAUCGUGUCAAUUUUACUGUAACACGAAAAUCGGACGGUCAAUCAUUGGCAUUCAGUUUACCGGAAAAAUCGUCUGUCAAAGAUUUGAAAAACGAUUUGAAAGCACGAUUGCCACCACAAUUUCAAGAAGGUUGUCGUUUAAUCUGCAAAGGAAAAAUAAUGAAAGGCAAGCACAAAAUUCAUCAUUAUGGUUUCAAAAAUGGCACCAAUGGUGUUCCCAUUCUCAUGGAUGACUCCAAAAACUGGGAAUCGUCAAGUUCAUCAUCCGAUUCAGAAAAAAGCAGUUAG